GAAAAUAUUAAUGUAAACAAUGUAAAUAACUGUAGCUUUACUGCUACUAUUGGUAAUGUAGUACAAGUUGAGUCAAAGCGUUUUGAAUUUACUGAGAUACAUUAAGUUUUAAGGGUCUAAAUAUUUGGGCUGAGCGACUUUUAGCUAAAGAUUUUUUUCUUUAACUUUAUUGAACACGGAAACAUUUACAGACAAAAGAAACAAGCGCUUCUGGUGACGUAGCAUCUGCGUGCUGACGACGGCACAAACCAACGCGGUUUCCAUGGUAAUUGACAGUUCACUGUAAACCGAAGAGACUCGCUUGCAGCUUUGGUUCGGGAACUAAAAGGACUAUUUACCCUUUUCUUUAAGCUUUGUUGGAAUUGUAUAAAGUAUCGCGAUACUAUGUCGAAUUUUGUUGAGGCUGUCUUGGAAGAGAUGAGCUGGGACAGACGCUAUGCCGUCCCGGAACUCAACGAAGAGCACAAAGCCCUGAUAGAAAUGAUUUAUAAAAAAGAAAAACAGCUGGCUGAAGUAAGUGCAAGAGCGGAAACUAAGAAGGAGCAGAGGAAAAUGAUGGAAUUAAAACUCCAACAUUCCAGACAGGAGCUGGAAAACACUGAGGCUCUGCUAAAGGCAAACGAAAAAGAGAUCGAGUUCGAACAGCAUCUAACCGCACUUGCAGAAAGAGAAUCAGGUCAUCUGGCUCAGCUGACUGCAAAGACUGAGAAAGAGCUGAGGUCUUCCAAAGAGAAAGCAGAAAUGAUAGAGGAAAACUUGUCUGAAGCCAAAGAGAAACUUGAGAAGUUUCGGCAGCAGAUGCAGUGGGACCAGCAGACCAUGGAAGCUUUCUUGGAGGAGUCUGCACAGAAAGAGGAGGACACAAUGGCUAUGGUCAAGAAUUCCCAGCAAAAUAAGCAGAAAGUUAAGUCGCUCACCUUGGCCAUAGAGAAGAAAAGGGUGGAACUUAAUGAAAACCGCAAAGCCUAUGAGAAGGAGCUGACAGAAACUACAUCUGUACAGGUAGCUUUAAAAACUAUGAGAGACACUAUGCAACAGGUUCAUCUGGACAAUCAGCAGCUCAUCCAGAAGUGGGAAAACACAGUAAAGCAGAUGAAGCGGCAGGAUGCUGAGAUGCAACAGUGCGCACUGGAACUUGCGCAGGCUAACCAGGAGGUGAGGGAAAAGAAUGCUGCCAUUGCAGACCUGAAUCAGUUGCUGCAAACGCUGCAAAACAACAACAAGGAAACAGAGAAAAAGAUGGCUGUGACCAACAGACAGGCUGCGAAACUGCAGCAGGAACUAAGGGAGGAGGAGAAUAUCUGCGUGAAGCUGCAAGAACAGCUGGACAAUUGCAAACGCGAACUGGACAAUAUAAAUUCAGGUGUGAGGGUGCUGGCUGCCCACAUCAGCAAAUCCAAGAAAGAACUUCAAGAGAAGAAAGACAAAGUGCACACUGCUGAGGCCUACAAUGCUGCACUGAGAGAGAAACUGGCCAAGGUUAGCCAGCUUGCUGAGCAGGACAGAGUUGCUGAGUUGGAGCAGAUCCUUCGGGAAGGGGAAAAGGCCAUCAAGGAGGUUGAUGUACAGCAGCGUUUUUUCAUGGGGGAACUGUACCUUCAAAAGGAGCAACUGAAGGUUUUGAAGGGGAAGGAGAAGGAAUCCAUGGUGCUCAUUUCAGGGGCUAAAGUCAACAUGAACACCCUACAAAGCCGGCUUGGAAAACUCAAGACGGAAAUGGAAGAGAAGGACAAGGUCUUAAGGAAUCAGGAGAGCGAGCUACUAACGCUAAAAAUAAAACUGGCUAGGCUGCAGGGCGACAUUCCUGUGGACGAAAAAGAGAUGCUGAAAGCAAAGCUUGCUGAGCUAACCAAAGAUCUGGAGGAGAAGAAAGAGAUGGACAGAAUGAUGAGCAAAGAGGUCAAGGAGGGCGAGCAUCAAAUCCGAUGUUUUCGGAAGAUCCUGGAGAAAUCGGAGGCUCAGAGGAGAGAAAUGCUGGAGAAGGCAGAGGAGCUCGGGAUACUUUGUGAUGGCAAUGAGAAGGAGCUAAAGAGAGUUUCUCUGAGGAAGCAGAACACGAUCCUGGAGCAGAAAAUGCUGCAGCUGGAGGUGAACCGUAAAAGGGAGCUGUUGCAUAAAAAGGAGGACAGCGUGCAGUCCUUAGAGAAGAGGAAACUAGAGCUGCAGGCAGCCAUGAAAGAGAGAGAUGAGGAGAUUAAAGUGUUCUUAAAUCUGAUCAAGAAGCAGCUCAAGAACAGUGAGAAGGAGAAGCACAAGCUGAAUAUUGAACUCAAUGAAAAACUUAUGAAGAUCGACCAGAUAAAGCUCCGCUUCGAGAUGUUGGCCCUUUCCAUCGGGGCCCCUGAAGGCGAGGCUGAGAGAGUGCAGGCCCACUGCAUCACAAAGGCCGCGCUCGAGAAGGAGGAGCUAAAGCAGCAAAAAAGCAGUCUGGACGCCGAAGUUGAGAAGAUGGAGCUGGAAACUAAAGCUCUAGAGAACACGGUCAAGGUGUUCAACCACUUCAACUCCCAUUUACGGAAAUCCCUCCUUAAAGUUGACGAGUCAAGUCCAGAGUAUCAAGAAAAACUCCAGCUGGAGGAGCAGCUGAAGGCCACGCAGAAGACCAUCAGGUUCAAGAAACAGCAGAUCCAAGAACUCCAACGUGACUUAGAGGACAUGGACUGUUCCCUCAAACGUUUGCUGCAAGACAAGCAAGUGGAAAAAGCCAAGAUAGAUCACAAACAGUCUAUCAUCACUAAGCUCAAGAAGGAAAUGGCUUCUAUGCAAGAGAAAAUAGAAAGAGCCACAAAAGAGUGUUCAAAGCUGACCAAAAAGAUCCGCUCACAUAAGAAGACCAAAGCGGAGACUUUUGAAGAGAAAGACAUCAGGCUGGUGGAGCUGAAGGAAGUGAACAAAAAAGUCAACAGGAUGCUGAAUGAAGCCAUGGAGGACCAAUCUGACCUCCGAGGAGUGCUGGAGAAACACUUCCAGAAGGCUGGUCGGCUUCUUCCACCUCCUCCCUCUGGGUCCACCAGUCACCGAAGCUCAGCUUCUCGCAGGUCUUCUACGUCCUCAAGUAUCAAAAGCCUGGGGGGCUUGAAAAGUGCCUCCGUCAAGGUGACGGCUUUGGAUCUGCAGUUGGAUUUGCCUGCAGCUUUCUCUCCAACCACCUCCCCGGAAUGCUCCAGCGCUGCAAGCAGCAAGAAGUCCAGCAGGUCCAGUCUGCCUUUAAAGUGACCAAUUCAAACAGGAAUCUAGUUUGGCUUAGUUUGAUCACUUUAGUCGCUGUUAACCUAUUUCAAGUGUUUAUAGUGGAAGCGUCCACACUGAAGCUCGUUUUCCUCCUGCCACAUGUUUUAAAGGAAUUUCAUGUUCUGUCGCUGUUAUGUUAUUACUCUCAUGAUCUUAAAAUUGAGAAAUAGUCAAUAAAAACUUUUUUUCUCCUA